CGCGGGCCGGAGCUCAGAGUGGCGCUCUGGGGCUCCCGAGGGCAGCGAUCGGGGAGACAUGGGCCGCGCCGCGGGGGAGCUCACCCCUUCGCUCCUGGGGCUGGGGCUGCUGCUGUGCAGCUGGGCGUGCCCCGGGGGCGCCGGGCUGCGGGCCCCGCCGGACAGGAUCGCCAUAAUUGGAGCUGGAAUUGGUGGCACUUCGGCAGCCUACUACCUGCGGCAGAAAUUUGGGAAAGAUGUGAAGAUUGACCUGUUUGAAAGAGGCGAGGUGGGGGGCCGCCUGGCCACCAUUACCUUACAGGGGCAAGAGUAUGAAGCUGGAGGCUCUGUCAUCCACCCUUUAAAUCUGCACAUGAAGCGUUUUGUCAAGGACCUGGGUCUCUCUACUCUUCAGAGCUCUGGUGGCCUAAUAGGGGUCUCUAACGGAGAUACUCUGGUGUUUGAGGAGAGCAGCUGGUUUAUAAUUAACAUAAUUAAACUAAUCUGGCAGUAUGGAUUUCAGCCCCUUCGAAUGCACAUGUGGGUAGAGGAUGUAUUAGACAAGUUUAUGAGGAUCUACCGCUACCAGUCUCAUGACUAUGCCUUCAGUAGUGUAGAAAACUUACUGCAUUCUCUAGGAGGGGACGACUUCCUUGGAAUGCUUAACCGGACAUUUCUCGAAACCUUACAGAAAGCAGGUUUCUCUGAGAAAUUCCUUGAUGAAAUGAUUGCUCCCAUCAAUAGGGUCAAUUAUGGCCAAAGCAUGGACAUCAAUGGCUUUGUAGGGGCAGUGUCCCUAGCUGGUGCUGAUUCUGGCCUUUGGGCAAUAGAAGGUGGCAAUAAACUUGUUUGUUCAAGGCUCCUUCAGGCUUCCAAAAGCAACCUUAUAUCUGGCUCAGUCAUGUACAUAGAGAAAACAAGAACCAAGCAGACAGGAAACCCCACAAAAAUGUAUCAAGUGGUCUACCAAACUGGAUCUGAGACCCGUUCAGACUUUUAUGACAUCGUCUUGGUGGCCACUCCAUUGAAUCGAAAAAUGUCCAAUAUAACUUUUCUCAACUUUGAUCCUCCAAUUGAGGAAUUCCAUCAACACUACCAACAAAUAGUGGCAACUUUUAUUAAGGGAAAGUUGAAUUCAUCUUCUUUUAACUCCAGAGCUUUAGAUGAACUUGGUCUCAGUACAAUCUUAACCACUGACAAUUCACACUUGUUUAUCAAUAGCAUUGGAAUUGUGUCCUCUGUAAGAGAAAAUAAUAAUGCUCAACCAUCAACAGAUGGAGCUUUUGUUUGGAAGGCCUUUUCCCCGGAAACUCUUACUAAGGAGCAACUUUUAAAGCUCUUUUUGUCCUAUGAAUAUGCUGUGAAGCAGCACUGGCAUGCAUAUCCUCACUAUAAGCCUCCAGAGAAAUGCUCCUCCAUCAUACUCCAUGAUCGACUCUAUUACCUCAAUGCCAUGGAGUGUGCAGCAAGUGCCAUGGAAAUGAGUGCCAUUGCAGCCCACAAUGCCGCUCUCCUCGCCUAUCAUCGCUGGAACGGGCACACAGAUAUGAUUGACCAAGAGGAUUUGUAUGAGAAACUGAAAACUGAACUAUGAGUUAAUACUUUCAUUCCCCACCCCCCUCCUGGUUCCACAUGGAAUAUCACUGGCAAAAAAAGAACACAAUCUGAGCAGAGAUGAUUUUGAAUCAGAUCUUUUGCCAUUAUCAUUGUUUAACAAGCGUAAUCCCAGUGGAGUCAUGGGAAAAUACAAAGGUCUAAGUGUGAAGGUGUAACUAUUGUAUUUAUGCCAUCUCCAAAAUGUGUGUGUGUAACUUUCAGAGUACAUUUAUUAAAGCUGGGGACUGUGAAACAAAGGACUUAGGGUAGAAGAAGCGAAAGGAGAGAGCCUAGGUGCUACUCUGCUUUGGUUCCCUAUAAACGUUAUAGAAGUGAGCCAAGGCAGAGCUGCUAUUAGCUCCCUGAAAAGAGAGAAGGGGCCUUGGAGACGGGUUCAUGGUGUUAGUCCUGGAUGAACUGCUGCUGCCCAUUGCUUCCCUGGUUGCAAGUCUUGUGGGGACCCUUAGAGUUUAGGAGAGAAAAGUAAAGAUGCAUGCCUGAGAGGG